AUGCCCAGCUCCUCUUCCCCCUUUUCUGGGCCGUCCAAGAAGGCCAACAUUUCGGCGUGGCAAGAGAGACUCAUCGAAGCCUGCCGCGAUUGCAAUAUCGACCCCCCAGAUUUCCAAGUCGUUUCCGAUCAGCGAGGAGGACGCACUGCCUGGUCAAGCCGGGUGUCCGUCUACGGAUAUGUCUUUGCGGCGCGGUAUUGGUACGAUGGUAAGAACGUCAACAAUGCAAAGGAAGAUGCUGCUGAGAUGGCACUGGCCUGGCUGACGGGGGGAUCCAACCCGAGCUCCCCGUCGACUUCCCGUUCCGGGUGGUAA